AUGGAGCAGUGGGCGUCCGGAUACGGUAUUCAAGAGAACCAGCUCAUUCAGACCAUGCCGUACAUAUUGGAAGGAGCCGCCAUAGACUGGUGGAACACCACUCCAACCAAAAUAAUCACAUGGAAGCAACUAACAACUGAACUACUGGAGUACUUCCUGCCUCCAAGAUACGAAGAACAACUAAGGACACAGAUCACACAGCUUAAACAGCGGGAUUCAGAACCAGUGAGGGAAUACGCUAUGGGACUAAGGAAGCUGAUGCGAUUCACGAAACUGUCAGAAGAGGAAAAGCUCGACCGCAUAUUUAACAACUGUAGGAGCAAGAUCAAGCUCUACACGCGGAGAUCAGGAUUUAGGUCGAUGACGGAGUUCCUCAAACUAGCAGAGGAAGUGGAGGAGAUCGAGGCAGCGGACCGGACGCGACACAACCAGCCGGCACAGCAGCAAAUACGGCCGGAAAUUUAUUCCAAUGGAGAAAAACAGCCAGCAAUAUACGGCAUUCACAGUACCGGGGCGGGGGCUGUUCGAGUGGAAAGUGAUGCCAUUCGGAUUGACGACUGCUCCAGCAACAUUCCAGCGGGCACUGGACACAAUAAUAGGCCCGGAAAUGGAACCAUUUGCGUUUGCCUACCUAGAUGA